CGCCUGUCGCUUGUUGCUCAUUGCGGCAGUGUUUCAACCUCGCAGCAAAGGACGACUGCAAAGGACGACUGCAAAGUACCCUUCUGUGCCUUGCUUGGCAUAGUGAGCGCGAGAAAAAGAAUCCAGACGUCCAGGCUAGUAACCAACCGAGGCACCGUACACAAAGGCAGCCUGAGCUGAAGGAAAGAGUUCAUUUUGACAAUGGACGAUGAAGUCAACGUAGACUAUGGCAUUCGCACGAGUGUUAUCCCCCCGCUUCCUCCCCUGAACAACUACGAGGAAUCAGAUCGUGAAAGUGGUAUGCAGAUACACUAUAGCGCCGGUUCCAUCGACCCCACCAAUGGCGCGUUGCCAGCAAGGCUCGUCAAUGCAGACGGAGAUGCACUAGAAGGGUAUACCCAUGCUCCACCCGAAGUUCUAGAUGCCACGGACAUCGCAGUGGUCCCGAGCGAAAACGAAGAACGAGCACAAUUUUCCCUGCGACGAAAACGAGUCUUAAUGGGUGGAGCUGCUCUUUGUUUCCUCGUUGCGCUGACUGUUAUCAUUCCCGUGGUGGUCAUUGUACCCGGCGAUGAUACCGUCGUACAAACCACUGUCGAACCAUCGCAAAGUCCUUCUUCGGUGCCCACUUUGAGCCCCACAGUGGAGCCAAUCAGCGACGCUUUGGCAGAGAUGCUGCAAACUCUACAACAAUAUACCAAAAACAACGCGAACGAUCCCUGGUGGACUCGACGGUCUUCCCCGCAAUUUCGAGCAGCCAAAUGGUUGGCGGAUGUAGACACCCUGCCAAUCACCAGCCAAUCCCAAUUGUUGCAAAGAUUCGCUCUGGUAACAUUCUACUAUUCCACCACGAAUGUGAGUGGGAACGGCAACGCGGACGACUGGAGAGAAGAUUGGCAUCAGUGUGGAGUAUUUUCCAGUGGAUGCAACGGAGAACACUGGUUGUCUGUAAAUGUGCAUGAGUGCGAUUGGCUUUACGUUAACUGCGAGACUAUCACAAUUGGUGACCAAAGGGGAAGGCUGCUUCAGGGGAAUGAUGUUGAUGAUACCAUGAGGGUUGUGGUCCAGGUUAUUCUUCCACUUCAUGGCAACAACCUCCGGGGGACACUUCCACCGCAGCUCUCACUCCUGACAUAUCUGGAAGUUUUUGCUGCUUCCAACAAUAAGAUCACAGGAGGCGUGAACAGUGGCGACGGCAACAACAACAAUACCGAUGUACCUCCACUUCAUGACGUUGACCAAGCUUUCAUGGAAGUUACCACGUUGCGAGUUCUCAACUUGGUGGGAAACAACAUCUCAGGCUCCCUUCCCGUGAAUAUUUGGCAACACAGUCCGGAUAUGGAGUUGCUGCUCCUGUCAGAAAAUGAAUUCAUCGGGGAAAUUCCCCAUGAGCUAUCAGCAAUGGCAAACCUAUUGGAGUUGCAGCUGCAGUCCAAUCAGUUGCACGGAUCUAUACCUCAUUCGAUUGGAAAUUUGACAACUUUGCGUCUCCUUAGCUUGGCUUCGAAUCAACUGUCGGGAACUUUGUCAGCUGAAUUCUUCGACUUGCCGGCGUUAACCUCUCUCGACUUGUCGAACAAUACAGGCCUUUCGGGCACUUUGGCAGGUGAACUGUCGAACAUUAAUGUCUUUUCGGCAUCCUUUACUCAACUGAAUGGACCAUUGCCGGAUACUCUGUUUGAGGAUUUGACGCAAUUAGAAAAGCUAGAUGUGGAAUCGGCGGCACUGACGGGUACCCUCUCGGAACAAUUGGCCUUGUGGAAUGACUCGAUACAAAUACUGCGGUUGCAGAACAAUCAAUUCACAGGAAUCAUACCGAACGCACUCGAUGCAUUGACCAGACUCGGGGAAUUGCGAUUAGAGGGCAACUCCUUCAGUGGUACAAUUUCCGACGCAGUUUGUGCUCGUCGUGGGCAAGGGUUCCAACAGCUGGGGACUCUAACAGUGGAUUGUUCCGUCGAAUGUAGCUGUUGCGAUGACUAUGAAAAGUGUUCCAAUAGUUGAACAGAUGAGAAACUUCCUGCGAAUUGUUGAUUUUUGUGCCCACGUAGCCAGGGGCUUGCCUUUCACUUCCCACAACAUGGUCAAGCUAGAGCUGGCAUGUCAGUUGGUCGGUGGACGACAGCACAUCACCUUUCUCUCAUCAUGUCUUCUUGCCUCUUUCUUUCCAAGAUAUCGCCAAACCUAUCUCUCUUUGGAAAGUAGUUAUUAUACAAAUCAAUCAUCUUUUCUGCAAAGAUUCCCACAAAAUUGAAGCCAACCAAGACCAUUAAAGGGAUGAAAAACAUGUCGCUUGACUGAAACUCUUCGUGAGCCAAAUAUACAUCUCCAAGUCCUACAUGUACAUACGUGUGCGAUAGAAAAGCAACCGUACAACAAGAUCUGUGUUAAAAACGGCAAGGGCGAGCUUUUCCACUUAAAUAAUGACUCUUCUUCUUCUUCUUACCGACAGUGGUUGUUGUUAUGUAGCUGAACCAGAAUGCCUCACUAAGAGGAAAGUCGGCUGGUCCUGGAUCUCCCAAACGGUGAUUGUGGUAUGUUUGGACGGAAAGAGCAAGAAUCAGCAUCCACAGGAUCGUCAUGCAGAGCCAAAACAGGCAACAUAUGGGGCCUUGCAUCAAGUAAGGCAGCUUGUAUCUGAGAAAAAUGUCUUCCGCCAAUAGCUUCCAUACAGCGGAACCCGAGUUGUUGAGGGCGAUAAAUGCAAUGAUAGUGACAAAGCCCCCGGUGUAAACGAGACUACGACCUGCCACGGUUGCCGGCGCUGUGUUCCCGUACCCUCUACGAGAAUGGAGAGGCUGUCAUUAGCACAAAGCAGCAUGUCCAUUCCCUUUUGCAAUCUUUCACGUAACGUACAUUGUAGUCAUGACUGUAAACCAGAACAAGGCACCACCCGCCACAUGGACUUUGCAGCGAUCGCCCCCUGACGCCUUGUUGAUGAACUCUACAAAGAGGGUCGAAUUGGUGUAGACUUCUUCGAGUCGGUAGCCUGCAAGCUCGGCCUGGUAUUCGAAUUGCCGACCCAGGUCAUUGAUGAAUACCAAGCUUUGUUCAUCAUGUGAGCUUUCUGUGUUGAGGCCAAGUUGAUUGAGAUAGAAAAAGGCGUCGUCUGACUCGUCACUCGCUUCACAUUUCAUCCAAUUAAACGUCAAAUCAUCUGGAUUGGUGGAAUUGAAAAGAAAUGGAACGAUUGCUUGCUGGUUGAAUUCGUUCACAGCUCCCUCUUGGACACAGUUUUGAUAUUGCGUGUAAGCGUUGGUACUGGUCAAGUUUUCCACGGCUUGUUGAAUCAUGGCCAAAGUGGUAUUCCAAAACGAGAUUUGCUCGCGGCAUUGGGAGGAAACAGAGGCAUAUCGGGAUGCCACGGCUC